GCAUCACCCAACACCGUGUCUACGCCGUCCUACGCAACCGCAGCACAGCUUGGUGGAAUCAAUUCUCUGUUGGGAGUAGAGUGCUCUUCCAGCAUCCCAUUGAUUAACAAAAUUCCCACCUUAAUCAUGGGCAUGGAUGUAUCUCAUGGGUCUCCAGGUCGUGCAGAUGUUCCUUCAGUAGCAGCGCCUGUGCUGUAAGGUUGUUGGUUCAAAAAACUGGCAGCUGCGAGAAGUCAGUCACCAAAACUGGAAAUGAUUGAUUCGCUCUUCCAACCAGUAGACGACCCUGUGAACGGCGACAACCGGUAUCAUGAAUGAAUUGUUUGUGGAAUUUUUCAAGACAAGCUAUGCACGAAAGCCUAAGCAGAUUAUCAUGUUCAGGGAUGGAGUAAGUGAAUCACAGUUCAACCAAGUCUUGAACAUUGUGGUGGAUCAGAUUAUAAAGGCGUAUCAACGUCUUGGUGAGACCUAUGUGCCAAACUUCACUGUCAUUGUGGCUCAGAAAGACACCACACCAAGUUGUUUCAAGCUAAGGGUCAUGAAAAUGUUCCUGCAGGAACCGUUGUGGACACAAAGAUUGUACAAAAUAGAGAACACAUAUCAAACAGAGAACAUUAAAAUAGGAUAGCUUGAAGCAUUUUCAAUAAUUCUAUCGAGAAAGUGUUAAAUGUGGUAUCAUUAUAAAACACAUAUGUGAUAUAGGAUAUCUUUUGGCACUUUCAGGAUGAGUUUCUAGAAAAAUAAAAUGAGUAUGUUUUCUUGAAUAAGUCUGUUUUCGAA